AAGAUGGGGAAGAAGAGCCGAGUGAAAACUCAGAAGUCAGGUACAGGAGCCACAGCGACAGUAUCUCCAAAGGAAAUGUUGAAUCUAAUUAGUGAGUUAUUGCAAAAAUGCAGCAGUCCUACCCCAGGUCCUGGUAAAGAAUGGGAAGAAUAUGUACAGAUUCGUUCUCUUGUUGAGAAAAUUCGCAAAAAGCAAAAAGGUUUGUCUGUUGUCUUUGAUGGAAAAAGAGACGACUAUUUCCCUGAACUGAUAAAGUGGGCAACUGAAAAUGGAGCAUCCACAGAGGGUUUUGAAAUAGCUAACUUUGAAGAGGAGGGCUUCGGUUUGAAAGCAACACGAGAGAUAAAGGCUGAAGAGUUGUUUCUGUGGGUUCCUAGAAAACUGUUGAUGACAGUUGAGUCAGCUAAAAAUUCAGUAUUGGGAUCCCUGUAUUCUCAAGAUCGAAUUCUUCAAGCCAUGGGCAAUAUAACAUUGGCAUUCCAUCUUCUUUGUGAGCGAGCCAACCCCAACUCUUUCUGGCUGCCCUACAUCCAGACACUCCCCAGUGAAUAUGACACUCCUCUCUAUUUUGAAGAAGAAGAAGUGCAGUACCUUCAGUCAACUCAGGCCAUACAUGAUGUUUUUAGCCAAUAUAAAAAUACAGCUCGACAGUAUGCCUAUUUCUACAAAGUUAUUCAGACCCAUCCUAAUGCCAGCAAACUGCCCUUAAAGGAUUCUUUUACUUAUGACGACUACAGAUGGGCGGUUUCCUCUGUUAUGACACGGCAGAACCAGAUUCCAACAGAAGAUGGUUCCAGAGUUACAUUGGCUCUAAUACCUUUAUGGGACAUGUGUAAUCAUACUAAUGGACUGAUCACUACAGGCUACAAUUUAGAAGAUGACCGGUGUGAAUGUGUAGCACUUCAGGAUUUCAAGGCUGGAGAACAGAUUUACAUUUUUUAUGGCACUCGGUCAAACGCUGAAUUUGUGAUCCACAGUGGUUUUUUCUUUGAUAAUAAUUCACAUGACAGAGUGAAAAUAAAGCUUGGCGUGAGUAAAAGUGACAGGCUGUAUGCUAUGAAGGCAGAGGUCUUAGCUCGUGCUGGUAUCCCAACUUCUAGUGUUUUUGCCUUGCACUCCACUGAGCCUCCAAUCUCUGCCCAGCUUUUGGCUUUCCUUCGAGUGUUUUGUAUGAGUGAAGAAGAGCUGAAGGAACACUUGAUAGGCGAGCAUGCCAUUGACAAAAUCUUCACUCUGGGGAACUCUGAGUUUCCCAUUAGCUGGGACAAUGAAGUUAAACUUUGGACAUUCCUAGAAGCCAGAGCAUCCCUUCUUCUGAAAACCUAUAAAACAACUGUGGAGGAUGAUAAAUCCUUCUUGGAGACCCGUGACCUUACUUCACAUGCGAUAAUGGCUAUCAAAUUGCGCUUAGGUGAAAAAGAGAUCUUGGAGAAAGCAGUAAAGAGUGCAGCUGCUAGCCGAGAGUAUUAUACCAAACAAAUGGCAGAUGGAGCUCCGCUUCCUAAAUAUGAAGAGAGCAAUAUUGCCUUGUUGGAGAACACUGUGGCAGACUCUAGACUCCCUAUUGUCUUGAGAAACCUAGAAGAUGUGGAAGAGCAAGGGGACUUAAAGAUUGAUGAAGCUAUUGAUGCUGAAGUCACAGAGAAUGGGUUUGUAAAUGGUGAAAACUCUCUAUUUAACGGGACCAAAUCAGAAAGUGAAAAUCUAAAUAAAGAGAAAAGAAACAGAGAGACUGAAGAUGCCAAAGAAUCUUCUUCAGAAAGUACUGAUGAGGUUAAAGAAUAGUCCUAAAAUUUUACUUUCUGGUGAAAUUGAAUUAGCUGAAGUUUAUGAACAGUGCUUUUAUGUUAGUGUGUUUCUUUGUUAACAUUUCUCUUUCUGCAGAGAAAAAUGUUUUUGCUGCUUUAUAUAAAAAUGAAAUUUUAAGUUAUUUAAGAGAUUUAGCAUCCCUUUUCAAUUAAGAUUGCCAUCUUGCUUUCAGGCAAAAACUGGGGAAAGAGGUGCCUUUGGAAGAUUUUGCAGCCCUUUGUUGAACCAAAUGUGUUUUCUUCCUGGGGAAGAAUUAAGCUCUUCUAUCUGCUGUGCUUUUGUUGUUCUGUCACUCUGACUACCGAAAUUAAAAGCUUGCUCUGCCUCCUGCCAAGAAAAGCAGAAGGCAGGACUGACUCGGUAUGCAGCAGGAAGGUGGGAGAGCAGUACAGCAGAAAACUGGAUGAGAGGAUCAGAAACGUGGGGACUGGAGGAAAACCUGUUUAAAAUCAGGUAUGCCAGUCCAGAAAAAGGUAAGGUGGCAACCUUAUGAUUGGUAGUUUUAAAUGUUGAUGAGAAUCCAAAUUGUAUACACUUAAAGUGAUCUCUGAAGAUUUCAGUUUACUUUGUCUUUUGUUUACUGUAUAGAAAUAUCUCAUCUUUCUUCUUCAGUCGGAGUUAGGCUGCUACAAUACAACAUUCACCAACUUUUAAAGGCUGACUUCUUUAUGUUUCCAGGCGGUACCUUUUAUUUACAAAAUUGGCAGUGCUGCUGGAGAGUUUGAAAGCAGAUAGGCCAAGUCACAGCUUUAAACUGUACUGUUCAAAGAGAGGUCACUUCCCAGCUUCUUCAGGUUUUCACAACUAGCUAGAGGUUUUCAAAGCUACACUUUUGACUAAACCAUUAUUAAAAGGAAAAUAU